AUGCAUGUGAACGCAUCUAAAACGAAAAGCCUAGUGCUUUGUCAUUCUCCUGCCCGUUGCUCUCUUCAGAUUAACGGAGAGGUAGUGGAGCAGGUGGAGAAGUUCAAGUACUUCGGAAUUGUAUUGUACUGUACUAGUGAUGGAAAAUUGGAGGAAGAGAUCGACCGCCGAAUUGGAGUAGCCAGUGCCGUUCUGCGUGAAUUAGCCCGGUCCAUUUGGCUAAAGCAGAACUCGGUCUGA